GAUAAGUGGCGUACAUCAAUAAGUUACACGAACUGUAUAUGUGAUAAAAGCAUUUUAAACUAUAAUAACAAUAAAUGUUCCGCUAUAUUAACUUUACAUAACAACAAAUUCUUUAAUUAAUAAGAUAUCUUCAUAACAAUCUUUGCAAAACAAGUUUUCCCAAACUUUCGAACUGUUCAUCUUAUGUUUUAUUCCACCAAGUUUCAGAGAAGGAAGAUGAAUGCGUAGAUGACCUAUCAUUUACCAAGGAAGGUAAGACAUGUAGCGGUUUAGUCCGAGAAUCUACAACGAGAGAAUGCUAUAACGAGGAUGUGGAGAAAGCUUGCUGUUUUUCGUGCACUGAAGUCAGUUCUGGAAAUCCAGACUGCCUUUAUGGAGAUAGACUGGUGUGUCUCUCAUUUCUAUGCAAUACUUACGAAAAUCCAAAGAGGGAUUGCUGUCUCACGUGUCAGUCUUCCACACCUAGCAGUACAUCGUCGACAUCAUCAACUACAUCAAUGACGUCACCACAAACUACAACAACUACAGUCGUGACCACACAAUCUAGUCAGCAAACAAGUUCAGCAUUUUCAACAACAACCCAGCAAUUUACAGCAACAGAUCAAACCACACUAGGUCCUACAACAUCAGAAAUUCUAUCAACAACUACUGAGAGCCAAACAACACCAGAUAAAACAACACCAGGUCCUACAACAACAGAAAGUACAUCAACAACUACUGAAAGUCAAACAACAACAGAUAAAACAACACAAGGUCCGACAACAACAGAAAUUACAUCAACAACUACUGAAAGUCAAACAACACCAGAUAAAACAACACUAGGUCCUACAACAACAGAAAUAACAUCAACAACUAAUGAAAGUCAAACAACACCAGAUAAAACAACACAAGGUCCGACAACAACAGAAAUUACAUCAACAACUACUGAUGGUCAAACAACACCAGAUAAAACAACACUAGGUCCUACAACAACAGAAAGUACAUCAACAACUACUGAAAGUCAAACAACAACCGAUAUAACAACACCAGGUCCUACAACAUCAGAAAUUACAUCAACAUCUACUGAAAGUCAAACAACAACAGAUAAAACAACACCAGGUCCUACUACAACAGAUAUAACAUCAACAACUACUGAGAGCCAAACAACAACAGAUAAAACAACACUAGGUCCUACAACAACAGAAAUAACAUCAACAACUACUGAUGGCCAAACAACAACAGAUAAAACAACACUAGGUCCUACUACAACAGAAAGUACAUCAACAUCUACUGAAAGCCAAACAACACCAGAUAAAACAACACUAGGUCCUACUACAACAAAUAUAACAUCAACAACUACUGAAAGUCAAACAACACCAGAUAAAACAACACCAGGUCCUACAACAUCAGAAAUAACCUCAACAACUACUGAAAGUCAAACAACAACAGAUAAAACAACACCAAGUCCUACAACAACAGAAAUUUCAUCAACAACUUCUGAAAGUCAAACAACAACAGAUAAAACAACACAAGGUCCGACAACAACAGAAAUUACAUCCACAACUAUUGAAAGUCAAACAACAACAGAUAAAACAACAAAAGGUUCGACAACAACAGAAAUAACAUCAACAUUUACUGAAAGUCAAACAACAAGAGAUAAAACAACACAAGGUCCAACAACAACAGAAAUUACAUCAGCAAUUACUGAAAGUCCGAAAACAAUAGAUAAAACAACACUAGGUCCUUCAACAACAGAAAUUACAUCAACAAAUACUGAAAGCCAAACAACAACAUAUAAACCAACACAAGGUCCCACAACAACAGAAAUAACAUCAACAACUACUGAAAGUCAAACAACAACAGAUAAAACAACACAAGGUCCUACAAAAACAGAAAUUACAUCAACAACUACUGAAAGCCAAACAACAACAGAUAAAACAACACUAGGUCCGACAACAACAGAAAUUACAUCAACAACUACUGAAAGUCAAACAACAACAGAUAAAACAACACUAGGUCCGACAACAACAGAAAUUACAUCAACAACUACUGAAAGUCAAACAACAACAGAUAAAACAACACAAGGUCCGACAACAACAGAAAUUACAUCAACAACUACUGAAAGUCAAACAACAACAGAUAAAACAACACUAGGUCCGACAACAACAGAAAUUACAUCAACAACUACUGAAAGUCAAACAACAACAGAUGAAACAACACUGGGUCCGACAACAACAGAUAUAACAUCAACAACCACAGAAAGCCAAACAACAACAGACAAAACAACACUAGGUCCGACAACAACAGAAAUUACAUCAACAACUACUGAAAGUCAAACAACAACAGAUAAAACAACACUAGGUCCUACAACAACAGAAAUUACAUCAACAACUACUGAAAGUCAAACAACAACAGAUAAAACAACACUAGGUCCUACAACAACAGAAAUUACAUCAACAACUACUGAAAGUCAAACAACAACAGAUAAAACAACACUAGGUCCUACUACAACAGAAAUUCCAUCAACAACUACAGAAAGUCAAACAACAACAGAUAAAACAACACAAGGUCCCACAACAACAGAAAUAACAUCAACAACUACUGAAAGUCAAACAACAACAGAUAAAACAACACCAGGUCCGGCAAAAACAGAAAUUACAUCAGCAACUACUGAAAGUCCGACAACAAUAGAUAAAUUAACACUUGGUCCUUCAACAACAGAAAUUACAUCAACAAAUACUGAUAGUCAAACAACAACAGAUAAAACAACUCAAGGUCCCACAACAAUAGAAAUAUCAUCAACAACUACUGAAAGCAAAACAACAACCGAUAAAACAACACUAGGUCCCACAACAAAAGAAAAUACAUCAACAACUACUGAAAGUCAAACAACAACAGAUAAAACAACACAAGGUCCGACACCAACAGAAAUUUCAUCAACAACUACUGAAAGUCAAACCACAACAGAUAAAACAACACCAGGUCCUACAACAACAGAAAUUACAUCAACAACUACUGAAAGUCAAACAACAACCGAUAAAACAACACCAGGUCCUACAACAACACAAAUUACAACAACAACUACUGAAAGUCAAACAACAACCGAUAUAGCAACACUAGGUCCGACAACAACAGAAAUUCCAUCAACAACUACUGAAAGUCAAACAACAACAGAUAAAACAACACUAGGUCCUACUACAACAGAAAUUCCAUCAACAACCACAGAAAGUCAAACAACAACCGAUAUAACAACACUAGGUCCGACAACAACAGAUAUGACAUCAACAACUACUGAAAGUCAAACAACAACAGAUAAAACAACACAAGGUCCGACAACAACAGAAAUUACAUCAACAACUACUGAAAGUCAAACAACAACCGAUAAAACAACACUAGGUCCUACAACAACAGAAAUUCCAUCAACAACCACUGAAAGUCAAACAACACCAGAUAAAACAACACCAAGUCCUACAACAACAGAAAUUACAUCAACAACUUCUGAAAGUCAAACAACAACAGAUAAAACAACACAAGGUCCUACAACAACCGAAAUUACAUUCAACCAAAACAACUAA